GGAAACUAAAAAGUGAAUGCAUUUAGACACACUAACUGGUUUUUUUUUUCCUCCUUCUCCCCUCCCCCCACACAGAUAUACACUCUUUACUUUUUCUUUUUUCCACAUCAUAAAUAAUGAACUACAGUCGAGGUGGUCUCAAGCAACUAAACAUACUUCAAAACCGUUUUUCUUUGUUGAAUAAUAAAAAGCUUUUGACUACAACAACUGUAUUGGCGUCGAGAUCUAUGUCUUCACUGAAUAACACUAAUAGACGUCUACUUCAAACCAAAAACUGGCUUUCGACUUCCAACAACAACUAUAGAAAGAUGUCCACUGCUUCAAAUUCUGUUUCAGGUGUUGAUGCUGCUCAAGCUGAAAUCCUUACAAAGAGUAAUUUAGCAGUUCGUGAAAUUAUUUUAAAUAGACCCAAAAAAUUUAAUGCUCUCAAUCUCUCCAUGGUGAAAGCUAUUACACCCCAACUCCAAGCCUGGGAAAAUUCAGAUUUAGCAAAAAUAAUCUUGCUCAAGAGUUCUGGUGGAAAGGGAUUUUGUGCAGGGGGUGACGUAAAGACUGUUGUUGAUUUAGCCGAGAAAGGUGAAUUUUCAACUGCCACAAAAUUUUUUGAAGAAGAAUAUCAAUUGGAUCAUUUAAUUGCUACUAUGGAUACUCCUUUUGUGGCUAUCAUGGAUGGUAUCACAAUGGGCGGUGGUGUUGGUCUCUCUGUUCAUGCCCCAUUCCGUAUAGCUACGGAAAAUACCUUAUUUGCUAUGCCAGAAACAGGUAUUGGCUUUUUACCUGAAGUAGGGGGUUCUUUCUUUUUAUCACGUCUUGAUGGACAAUUAGGUACUUACUUGGGUCUCACUGGUAAACGUCUUAAGGGUCUUGAUGUAUUAUAUGCUGGCAUUGCCACACAUUAUGUUCCUUCUUCUCGUUUAUCUGCCCUCGAAUCUCGUCUUUCCGAACUCGAAAAUGCAACUCAUGAUAUGGUAAAUGAUGCUAUUGAAGAGUUCUCUGAUGAAAUCACACAACCUUUUAGUUUAGCAGGUGAGACUCGUAAGGCAAUUGACCGUUGCUUCAAGUACGAUACUAUCUCUGAGAUUAUGAACCAAUUACAACAAGAACCUGACUCUGAAUGGAAACAGGAUACACUUAAAUUAAUGAACGCUGUUUCACCUACUUCACUUAAAGUUACCCUUCAACAGCUUCGUUAUGGUGCUAGUCUUAGUUUAGGCCAAUGCUUCAAAAUGGAAUAUCAUCUCGUUCAAAAAUUCUUACAAGGACAUGAUUUCAAAGAAGGUGUCAAUGCUACCUUGGUCACUCGUUCUAAACCUCAAUGGAAUCCUGCUAACCUGGACUCUGUUGAUGAUACUCAAAUUAAAGAAACUUAUUUUAAUGCACCAAGUCCUAGUCGUCUAGAAUUACUUAGUUCUCGUGAUUUUAAACAUUAUCCCCAUCGUAAAUACAUGUUACCUUCUGAACAAGAUAUUAAACGUGUUGUGACAGGCGAGGCAGUUGAAGUCGGUAAUUAUGCCCUUACACGUAACCAAGUGAUUACUCAUUUUAAACAUAAACAUGGUCUUUUACAAAAACUUAAUGAUGUUAUGGAUCGUAAAACAAUCGAAAAAGAUCAAAUCUUGAAAUGGAUUUAUUAACAAUAAUAAACAGAAAACAAAAAAAAAA